GUUGAAAUCCGCAGUAGCGGUACCAACAUUACAUUUUACGUAGAAAUUUGUCUCGCGGAAAGAUAACAGCAGACUAUCUACUAUCAGUAGAAAAUGUGUAUGAAGGUUAAUACAUGUGCAUUACCGUGAAGUUGAAUUAGACAAUUCGUGAUCCUGGAGCAGUAAGACAUCUGCCUUCUGAAACUAUACAUACUGUUAUCGGAUAUUUUGUACCGUCCGUCAGUGUUCACAUAUAUUAGUAACCGAAACACCUAGCCGAUAUAAGAGAUCAUAAAUAUAACAGGAAAAUUGAUAUGGCUGGAAGCCCGGUCAUUAUCGCUGCCACCGCGAAGCAUACGGCCACGGUUAUUUUCCUACACGGCCUUGGUGAUACAGGGCAUGGAUGGGCAAGUGGAAUGGGGGCGAUAAGGUCACCUCAUGUCAAAGUAAUUUGCCCAACAGCCCCCACAAUGCCAGUUACACUAAAUGGUGGAUUUAGAAUGCCGUCAUGGUUUGAUCUACGAACUUUGGAUGCAAAUGGGCCUGAGGAUGAAGAAGGUAUAAAACGUGCAACAGAAUUAGUGCACGGUAUGAUUGAACAGGAAGUAAAAGCUGGUAUACCUUCAAAUCGCAUUGUCCUGGGAGGCUUCUCACAAGGAGGUGCCUUGGCACUAUAUUCAGCUCUCAAGUUUCCAAAACCACUGGCAGGAGUUAUAGCUCUCUCUUGUUGGCUACCUCUUCACAAGCAGUUUCCAGCUGCAGCUGUUGCGAACAAAGAUAUUCCUUAUAUACAAUGCCAUGGAGACUGUGAUCCCAUUGUACCUUAUAAAUGGGGGCAGAUGACUGCCUCUCUCUUGAAACAAUUCCUUAGACAAAUUGAAUUCAAGACAUAUCGAGGAAUGAUGCACUCAUCGUCUGAUGAGGAAAUAUUGGACUUGAAAGCUUUCCUGGAGAAAGUAAUUCCACCACAGUGAAGAUUCCAUUAAAAACAAAUUAUUCUAGAUGAAUUUUUUCAGAAGCUGCAGCUAGAGACAACUAUGUAGUAUUAAAUUUCACAUUUCACACAGCAGGUGAGGGAAAUACUAUGGAAUGGAUUUUAACGUAACUCUGAAGAACUGAGUACACUCAAGCCUUAUAACUUCUCCUGCAACAUAGUUUUUGCAAAAAUGACACUGAACACAAGACAUCCGUACCAGUUUUAAGACAAAUGAAUCUUUAGGCUACAUAUUCUACAGUCAGUUUUAUUGCUGAAAAUAUAUGUAAGUAGAACUAUCUUGCAAUGCAAAUUCUUUUACAGUGAUGAUUUUGUAUAAUUUCACAGUUUUUAUAUCUGAGUAUUUUUGGAAAUGCCUGUGACUAAAAAGAAAAACAAAAUAUAUUUGUUGUAGAGUUAUUAAAAAAAGAAGAAUUUCUAUGAAGAAUUUAAGACAGCAGUGUACAUACAGCAGGUAAAUAGCAUUGCAUUAUUCCAUUGAGGCAUGAAUCAUUUUUAAUACAUUCUUUGGGGAUGAGUAGUUUAGAAACAUUAAAAUUUUCUGAUAUUUUGGAUAAAAAUGGACAUUAGUAUGAACUAGCAGAAACCUAAAAAUAAAAAUGUAUGACACUAUACAUUGAUAGAGGUUUAACAAGCAUUUCAAAUUGCGUGAACUUCUUAAAUAUGUGCCUCUGAAAUUUAAAGUAAUGCCUGUUUUUACCAUAAUAUAUUUUUGUUUAGUACAAAUACACCAUGCUUUGCAACAUUGUAAUCAUGGAACUUAAUUGCAUUGGAACUUCGUAUCAGAUCUGUAAAUUAAUUGUUGAAUUAAUUAGUUUUUAACAUCAAAUGUAGAUAAUAUACAGUUCAUGCACCAUUUCCUAUCUCCCCCUCUUGUCAUAUUAUGGACAUGUGCUGUGAUAAAGAGGUUCUAGAAAGCAACUUAAUUGUCUUCCUAUUACUGUUACAGUAAUUUUAGUUGUUUUUGAUGUAAUUAUAAAGGUAGCCCAUAAAACAUUAAAACAAUUAAGUGAAGACAUGUUAGGCAGUAAUUUCAUAGGGGUUUUGAGAGUUUGCUUUCACACUGCUAAGAGCACCUGUACCUGCUCACAUUAACAUUCUGCCAUUACAGCACACUAUUUAAUGAUGCACAGUUGUUAUUUUAUCCAUUUACUGUUACGAAUUUAAGAAAAUCAGAAAUGAAGUGUGUUCUGAUCAAAACAAUGCUGCCUUACUUAUUAGUGUCACUUCCUGAUGCCAAUAUGUUGAACUGUGCACCCGUCUAUCACUGACUUGGUAUGUUAUGUAUGUCAUAUGCUCAGAGAUAGGAGAGUGUUUCUGGUUAUUGGAAUAAAGCUGCACAAUCUAGUCACAAUUAUUUUUCCUCUUAAUGAAGCAUUCCUUGGUAUUUUUACAUUUGUGCACAGACCACUAUCACAAAACCAAAUAUAAACAAGAAAGCUAGAGUAAACAUACUGGCUGUGUACUUUAUGCUAGAAUGCCUGUGUAAGCAACUUCUGCUUAUUUACAACAUAUAUUUGAAAAACAAAAUUAAGCACGAAACAAUAUUUAUUUAUUUACUUUCCUGGCACUUCAGGGUGAUUAGAUAGUGCUUUUUGUAAAGAAUCAGUAGACCCAUUUAACUGAACCUUUGAGUCUUUUUACAUAUUCCUGUAUUACGGUCAAAUGUACCUGCCUUUACAGCCUAUAAUCGAUCUGCAGUAUUAAGGACUUACAUUGUAAUUAUUUACAUAAAUCUAAUUAGCUGAGUAAGUUGAUAAUCAACAAACACAUUUAAUAAAUUUAUUCAUUGUUUGUCAGUAGGUGUAUGUUUCUGUGGACAUAAUUACCACGGCAGGGUUGUAAGUGCUGGCGUAAUUGUCAUUAAUUGCAUUUUUUGUAGCAUGAAUUUAUUAGUGCCAGUUGUUUCAUGAGAAACUUCAUUCAACAAACUACUUCAUGUAAAUUUAUCCAUUUUUUGUAAGAUUUUGUGGCUUUCAUAUGUUACAAAAUUAUUUGUUAAUAAAAUUCAUGUUUGUGUAUCAACAUUUGUGUUCAGCAGAAUUUUAACAUCUGCCUUGUAAGUAAAAAACAAAAAAAAAUGUUGCUGUGAUCCGUAUAUAUGUUUACAUUAUUGUUCUUAAAAAUUUGUUCCAAAGUUGUUCUAGUAUUACAAAUUAAAAGAUUUUGUUAGUAGUAGUAGUACAUUGUUAUAUGGAACUGACUUGUUAACUGAGAGGUGUGCCAGAGCAGGAGAGAAAAUGUAAAGGAGCAAUAAAUAAAUAAAUUGUAAUUUUUAUAGACUUGUAAGAACACUACUGUAAAUAUGUUAUGUAUUUUUUGGAGUGCUAUUCAUUAUCCCUAACACCCAUUAAGCUCUUUUCAGAACUCACUGAGGAAAAGCACAGCUGUGGUUGAAUAGCAGGUUGAUAGUUUCAACAAGGGGUCAAUAUUGACUGAAAGAAAGGAUUUUUUUCAGGCACUUGAAAGCAUUUGAUAAGGCUGGUGUUUGGCUAAGAUGGAACAGGAAAUUGGUUUGUGAAAAACAUUGUAGUAAAGGCACUUGAUGAUAGUAAAGAUGAAUAGUUAAGAUGUAUACACUGUAGGACUUCCUUCUACAAGAUAAUGGAAAGUAUUAAACAAAAGCAUAGAUCUCUAUCAGCUCUUACACAGAAAAGGCAACUUGGUCAUCUAACCUGGUUGCAGAGGGGAAUGGAGGAUGGAUGAAAGAAUAAUAGCAGAUGUGCUUCAGACCUAAGGGGGGGGGGGGGGGGGGGGGAUAAAAUUUUUGUGUAGUCAAGAAGGAAAGGUCAUUGUGGCAUAAAAGUAUUAGAGAAAACUAAACUCAGAAUAGGUGGAUGGAAAGAGAAUGGGAUGGGAAAAACAAGAGGAACGAUAGGAGCAUUGACCAAGCAUGUAUUGAAAUGUGCUUCCAGGUAUGUACUUGUAGAGGAGGGUGACGUCGAAACUGGACACACAAUUAAGAUGAUUAUGGUUUAAUAUGUUGUGGAUGACAUCCUUUUCAGCGGAAAUGUCCCAACGUUUGCCUUCAGUGAUUUGGAGGUACAAGUGAAAAAAGCUUUAUCUGUAUGGCCAAAUGGGGAUUUAAACUCCCCAUUCUUUCUGAAUGCAAGUCCAUUGCAUUAGCCAAAGUCCCACUUGCUCAUUAGAACAGAUGAUGGCACAUAUACUUGUUUGUAUUCAUCGUGGUUAGGAUGUUACUGCUAGGAAGCUGAUGAGGCCUGCUGGCUUGGAUUGAUAAAUGAGUGCUUUUCUAUUAUUGUCUUGGACUGCUUCCAAGAACAAUCAUAUGAUGAAGAACCAGAAACUUGCCAUUAGCAUUAUUUUUCUUUCUAAUCUCUUCAAAGUUCUUGUCCAAUUUUUCUGUCCUUUUGUAUUCAUAUUCUUCCAUAAUUGUUAUUGCUGUUGGAGUAUUAGAUAAGAAGACUGUACAAGGUAUAUGGUUUUUUAGAGUGGAACAAGAAGACAUGUUAAGUAUUAGAGCAAUAGUUGAAAGCCUGGAAGCAAGGUGAGAGAAGAGAGUAGUAUUUCAUGUUUUCCUAACAAUAAAUUAUUACUGGUGGAGUAAUUCAAUAUUUGCUAACAAUAUUAAGUGUACUUGUAAAAUGAUUCAUCUUUUUACAGUAAAAAAAAGCACCUAUAUUUUGCUGUCUGCAUGGUACUCAUGUACAGAGUGUGGCUCCUAAUUUGAACUUGUACAUGUACAAAUAAAAUCAAACCCUGUGGGAAAAUAAAUUA